UAUUGACAUCUUGCUCCAAGAACCUGUUGGCUGCUGGGUUGUACUUCCUUGCAGAUUAACCCACGUAUCUUCCCAGAGCAGCAGCAAAUCUCUUCCAAAGGUAUUCUUGUAGCGGGAUUGUUCAGGUGCAUCAGGAGUGUUGGACUCUUGCACACCAAGUACCUGUUUCCAGCAGCUGAUAGACACUGUUAGCUACAGCUGCCAUGGAAAACCUCCUGACAGCAUAAAGUGAGAUUGCAGACUGGUUUAGAUGGAGAUUCCUCAACCUCACUGGAGCUUUAGUGAUUUCAACCACUUAUGUUAAAUUGAUUUUGCCACAUGGAUCACCAUUUCUUCUCCAUCACUAUUUUUCCACGACUUCUUGGAAUAACUGCUCUGCAAGCAAGAAAAUGUUGCUGCCCUGACCAGCAGUCAUGAAGAGAAGGGGGUGAAGCGAAUUUGUCUGGAGAAGUCAGAAAUUUUGAAAUUUUCAGCAGGAUUUAUUACCUGUGGCUGCAGGAGGUUUUGCCAAGCCAGCCAUUGACAUGAGAAUGGAUUCAGUGCCUCAGACUUAAGUGAGCUCCUUUGCUGUGCUUCAGCUCUGUUGUUUCCUGCUGUGUCCUGAUCCAGGAGCGAGCGCUGGCCGGGCUCAGCAUUCCCAGCAUGACCACUGCCCAAGGAAGUGUCCAUACUCCGUGAGCAGAGCGGAAGCGCAUGGAUGAGGCUCCUACCAUGCACUGAGCAGCACGGCAGCAGGCACAGAGCUCUGGGAAAAUGUCAGCUUGCAACACUUUCACUGAGCACGUCUGGAAACCCGGCGAAUGUAAGAACUGCUUCAAGCCCAAGAGCUUGCACCAGUUACCCCCGGUGUCAGAGAAAAAGCCCCUCUCCCAUGGAAACCUGAAAGCCAAUGCAAACCAAAGCAGUAGCCAGCGUGGCAGGAGCAGCAGCAGCUUCCGCCCGCCCGUGGCCAAGAAGCCCACGAUAGCUGUGAAACCCACCAUGAUGGUGGCAGAGGGGCUCUGUGGAGAGCUCGCCACACUGGAGCAGUGCGAGAACAAAGCCCUGCCCGCGGGGUGGAACCGCAACAAGGCGGCCUUGAACAAAAAACCGCUGAACAAUAAUAACGAGGAGGAGAUCGAAGGCUACAGCCAUGUUCCUAGACCUUAUGGCAACAGCGAGGGCGUGGGUAAGAUACCAAACAACAAUAACAAUGGCCUGACUGAAGUUCUGAAGGAGAUUGCGGGUUUGGAUAGCACACCUCAGCUCACUGGAAAUGAAACGAACUCAAGAGAAACCUUCUUGGGAAGGAUAAAUAAUUGCUACAAGAGAUCGUUGGAAAGGAAGAUCCCUCCGAGCUGCAUGGUGGGCGGAAUGAAGGAUUCACAGAGUAAGCACGUUAUUCUGAGUGGAAGCACUGAAGUCAUAAGUAAUGAAGGUGGACGUUUCUGCUACCCAGAGUUCUCCAGCGGAGAUGAGAGUGAGGAUGACACGUUUUUUGGCAGCAUGCAGGAAGAGCACGAGAGCUGGGAUGAAAGUGAUGAAGAGUUGUUAGCAAUGGAAAUCCGCAUGAGGGGCCAACCUCGCUUUGCUAAUUUCAGAGCUAACACCCUGUCUCCUGUUCCGUUCUGUGUUGAUAAAAAAUGGAAUACUGUGCCCCUUCGGAACAAGUCUCUGCAGCGGAUCUGUGCAGUGGAUUAUGAUGACAGCUACGAUGAAAUUUUAAAUGGUUACGGGGAGGAGACUGUGAUUCCUUAUGGGCAAGACAGCAUGCAGAGCAUGGUAUCUUCUGAUUCCACAUCUCCUGAUUCUUCUCUGACGGAAGAGUCUCGUUCUGGGACAGCCAGCAGUUCUUCCCAGAAGCUCUGUAAUGGAGGGUUAUCUCCGAGCACUCCUCAGGACCUCAAAGUGAUUGAACCAGAAUACGAAAGUCUUUGUGACAAUCAACAAGCGAAGGAUGUGCCAAAAGCACCCAGAAAUGCUCUCAAAGGUCUGGAGACUCACAAGGCAGUCCUUGCGCUUCGCCUGGAGGAGAAGGAUGGCAAAAUUGCUGUGCAGACCGACACGCAGGAGAAUAAAAGUUCUUCAGACAUUGCUGCUCAAGCCGUAACUAUUAAUUUGGUGCCUGUGGAGGAGCAGGCUAAACCUUACAGGGUGGUGAAUAUGGAACAACCAGUGUGCAAGCCUUACACCGUAGUGGAUGUCUCAGCUGCCAUGACCAGUGAAUGUAAAGAGAAUCAGGCUGAAGCCUCAGAAACCAAAAAGGCAUCGUCUAACCCGAGCUCACCAGUAACCCCAGGCACGCCUGUUGCAUCCUCUGCAGCGUCCCCGGUGUGUGUGCACGCUAAGCUGAAAAAGUCCAGCACAAUCAGAUACCAGGAAGUGUGGACUUCUAGCACCAGUCCGAGACAGAAGAUACCUAAGGUGGAACUGAUUGGAAACAGCUCAGGACCUUCCGUUCCUCCCAGGAAGACAAGCCACAAGUCAGCUCCUACUUCACCUACAGCUACGAACGUUUCUUCAAAAACGAUCCCAGUUAAGUCUCCUAAUUUGUCUGAGAUAAAAUUCAACAGUUACAACAAUGCUGGCAUGCCACCUUUUCCUAUUAUCAUUCACGAUGAGCCCACUUACGCUAAGAGUUCCAAAAAUGCUAUUAAAGUUCCGAUUGUAAUCAAUCCAAAUGCCUACGAUAACCUGGCCAUCUAUAGAAGCUUUCUAGGGACCAGUGGUGAGCUGUCUGUCAAAGACAAAACUACAAGUGUGAUAAGCCAUACCUAUGAAGAAAUAGAAACUGAAAGUAAAGAGACUGAAGCCAUAAGCAAACCCACUGAGCUGCCCCUAGCAAAGGGGGUGGCCAGUAGCUCUGAGUGCAGGCUGGGCUCUGUGGCUCAAAAGGUCCAAGAGUUCAACAGCUGCCUCAGUAAAAGCCAGAUAUCCCCACAGAGAAGUCACAGUGCUGACCAUAGCUCCCCAUCCAGAGUUCAGAAGGCAAAGCAAGAGCCUGCAGCCAAAGCAGACGUAGCCCCGGAUGGUUGUGCUGGCAGCGCCGGUGGCAGAGAGAACGCAAACACAGUGCUCUCACAGAUUGUGGCUUCUAUCCAGCCUCCACAGUCUCCUCCAGAAACAUCUCAGUCUGCUCCCAAGUCCUGUAGUGUGGAAGAGCUGUAUUCCCUACCCCCUGAGGGAGAUGCUACUAAAAGCACCCUGGUACGACCCAAAUCUCUGUUUACAUCACAGCCCGAAGUGGAGUCCUCCAAGACGGAGAACGCUGGCACUAAGAAGCAGAAAGAUCCCCUUUCACAGCCAGCUGCCACUCCCUCUCCAAAGCCAGCACGGGCCACCCCCAGUGCCAUGAGUCCCCAGGCAGAGCCGGCGCCACCGUUCCCCCCUCCACGCUCCACCUCCUCCCCCUACCAUGCCAGUAACUUGCUGCAGAGGCAUUUCAGCAACUGGGCCAAACCCAACAGCCCCACUAGGUCAACCGAGGCCGAGUCCAUCCUGCACUCGGAGGGGCGGCGGCCCGAUGCCAAACCCAAACGCUGGAUAUCGUUCAAGAGCUUCUUCCGCCGCAGGAAAGCUGACGAUGAGGAGGAGAGAGAGAAGGACAGGGACAAGGGGAAGCUGGUGGGUCUGGAUGGAACAGUUAUCCACAUGCUGCCCCCUCCUCCAGUGCAGCGGCACCACUGGUUCAGCGAGGCCAAGUCGGAGUCGAGCGAGAAGCCGUCGAUUGUUUUCAUGUACAGGUGUGAGCCGGCGCAGGCGGAGCCCAGGGCUGAGCUGCCCCACAAGGCUGGGCUGGAGUCUGCUCUCACUGAGGCACUGGCGAAGGACAAGGGAGAAACGCAGGAAAAGGCUCCAGAGAGCUCGGAACAGAACGCAGCCAGCCAUUCCUCACCACCUCAGGCUCCCAGGAAAAUCCCCAGCACACCAGAGCACUGUGGAAUCAAUGGCUCGCCAGAGUUUCAAGACAUGAUUAAAAGACUCAAGAAGGCCCUGAAAGAAUUUCCUUUAAUGGGGAAUUGUGUGAGUGAGUACAGUGGUCAAGUGCCCGAUGACCCCACCCUGGAGGAGCUGUCCCCUCGUGUCCCCAGAGCCGUGUUUGUGAAGCAGGACAAUGGGGGCAGCGCCUCGGUCAUCCCGGUCUCGUCUGCCCGUGGCCCACCGGGGGAGGAGGAGAAAGAAGAAGCUCCAAAUUCUCCUGAUCUGAGUGCCUGCAGUGCUACCUACAGCAAUCUAGGGCAGUCCAGAGCAGCUAUGAUCCCUCCAAAACAGCCAAGGCAACCCAAGGGUGCUCUGGAUGAUGCCAUUGCCUUUGGAGGACUGGCAGACCAGGAGACAGCGAACAACUUGCAGCCAACACCACCUCCGCUGCCAAAGAAAACAAUUUUGAGAGCCAACACAGAGCCAACUCCCCGAGACCUGCAGAAGCAGGCUCUGGAGAACAACCUGUGCAUCAUGGCCAAUCCCACCUAUGACAUUGACACCAACUGGGAAGCGAGCAGCGCCUGCUCCUCGGUCAGCCUGGAGCUCAAGGUGCUGGACAACGAGUCGGGAGAUUCCUUGGACAGGCCGACAGAGAAACUGAGGGCGGCCACCUCAGCCAGCAACAGCGUUUGCAGCCUCAGCACUGUCAGUAUUAAGGAGCGCUGCUCCAACAGCAUGGAGUCGCUGCCGGGGCGGCGGCUGGCGCAGGCCAGGCAGGCGCGCGGCGUGCAGAAGCCACAGAGACAAGCACUUUAUCGGGGCAUCGAGAACAGGGACGAGGUGGUGGGCAAGAUCCGCGGCCUGCACGCCGACUCGCUCCGGAAGCUGGCACUGAAGUGUGAGGACCUGUUCAUGGCCGGCCAGAAGGACCAGCUGCGCUUCGGCGUGGACAGCUGGUCGGAUUUCCGGCUCACCAGCGACAAGCCGUGCUGCGAGGCGGGCGACGCCGUCUACUACCCUGCCUCGUAUGCCAAAGAUCCCCUCAACAACUACGCAGUCAAGAUUUGUAAGAGCAAGGCUAAGGAGUCCCAGCAGUAUUAUCACAGCCUGUCCAUCCGGCAGAGCCUGGCUAUCAACUUCAACAUCCAGCAGGACUGUGGCCAUUUCCUCGCCGAAGUGCCCGUUCGCCUCCUGCCCUGGGAGGACGAGGACACGCCAGAGGUGGAAGAAGAGGAGCGGGAGGAAGAGGAGAAAGAGCCCGAGCAGAAGAGCAGAAGCUCGGGCUCCAGCCCAGAGGGCAGCAGAGGCAGCCCCAGCAGGCAGGGCACCCUGAGCAAGCCCCGCAGCCGCGUGGUGGUGAUCACACGCGAGGUGCCGCACCUGACCGUGGCCGACUUCGUGCGCGAGUCCGCGCCCCGCCACACCAAGAGCCCCGACUUGUACGAGCGGCAGGUGUGCCUGCUGCUCCUGCAGCUGUGCCUGGGCCUCGAGCACCUGAAGCCCUAUCACAUCACACACUGUGACCUGCGCCUGGAGAACCUGCUGCUGGUUCACUCCCGGCCGGGAGGCAGCCCCCCGAGCCCCGAGGCCACGGAACCCAGUCCCAGCACCGCCUGCCCAGCCAGACUGAUUGUCAGCAACUUCUCCCAGGCCAAGCAGAAGAGUCACAUGGUGGAUCCUGAGGUCCUACGGGAUCAGUCCCGCCUGGCUCCAGAAAUCAUCACUGCAACGCAGUACAAGAAGUGUGAUGAGUUCCAGACUGGCAUCCUCAUCUAUGAAAUGCUGCACUUACCCAACCCCUUUGAUGAGAAUCCAGAGCUGAAAGAGAAGGAGUACACUUGUGCUGAUCUCCCCAAGAUUCCUUGCCGUUCCCUCUAUUCUCAAGGGCUUCAACAACUUGCCAGCUGCCUGCUGAAUCCCAACCCUUCAGAGAGAAUCUUGAUAUCAGAAGCCAAAGGAAUCCUCCAGUGUUUGCUUUGGGGUCCACGUGAGGACUUGUUCCAUGCUCUCAGUACAUCUUCCAACCCCUCACGGAGAGAUGCCAUACUUCAGAACUGGCUCGAUAUAAAAAGGACGCUGCUGAUGAUCAAGUUUGCAGAGAAGUCCUUGGAGAGGGACUGUGGAAUUAUUCUGGAAGACUGGCUUUGUUGUCAGUAUCUGGCUUUUGCCACUACAGACUCACUUCAUCGCAUUGUGAGACUCAUGAAGCAGCACUAGUUGUAGAGCCUGUUGCUUUUCAUGAAGCAUCCCCACCUCUGCCCCAGCCCUCACUCCAGCCUGCACUAGGGCUCACACUUUGUACAGUUGUUACAAAGCAGCCUAGACAUCAAAGCCAGCAACUCUGAGCAAAUAGGUUCUAACUGGAGAAACUGCAUCCUGUACCAAGUAUGACAGAAACUUUUACUUUUUUGCCAGGCCUGCUAGGGAUUGAUCACACACGACUGCAUUUGGAUCAGCCAGUAUGUAACUCAAUUCAUAUCUGGCUGAAAAGGAGAGCAAGCUUUGAUACCACUAUUUCUACCACUGUAGUAAACAAAUUGCCCUCCUCUUCUGGGUAGUUCCUGUCAUUUCCUACAUAGCAUUGAUUAGUGAAUAGCAGUGACCAGAAGCAGAGACAGAUGAGUGGUGAAUGUGAGAUGAAUUAUCCACGAUGCCACAGAACACUCGCUUUCACUCCACAUACCACACAUUUCCUCUCAGCUUACAGCAGGCUGUGCUCCUCUUUCCUUUGGUCUCAACCAAACGGAUUCUCAUCUUUCUCUUACACUUUACACCAUCUGUACUUUCUCCCCAGCUGUGGUUUUCCCACUGACCAUGGCAAGUGUCAGUGAGCAGUAAGCACCUGUGUUCAGUCCUCUGCCUCACUGCCUGCCCAUAUCCUUUCUAACCAUGGAUCUAGGAUUUCAUCAAUGCUGCCUUAAUCAGACCAUUACCCUUGGCUUGAGACCUGUGCAUUAAAAAGCAGAAUAUGCACACUUUGUCUACCCUAUUUCCUAGGCAACUUUCACCAGUCUGGACUGUUGAUGUACUGUAGCCACAACUACAUUUAUACAAGAAAAGUACAACACAUGGUGGGCUAUUGAAAUUCCCCUUCCAUGGCAGAAAGCACUAAAGCCUGACUUGAAAUGAAUAGGACAUACAUAACCUCCUCUGACAAUCACUGCUAUGAAUCAGGGAUGAAAAUUAAAACCACCUCUUCUGGUUUGUUUUGGUCUGCUCUUGUCACUUAUGCCAUACUCCAAAGUGAGACUGAAAUUGGCUCUGCAGGUUUGUUGGCAGGAGAUAGAAAUGUUUAGAGGUGGUCUGUGUGUAGCAAACAGGCAACAUGGAGACACUUCUACUGCAGACACAGUCCUCUGAAGGAUAAAAACAAGGGGGCAGAAACACUGUUGUUUAAUUAUUGAGGGAGCUGUUAAGUUUGGCAGCCAGCACCAACAGCAUCAUGAUCCACAUUUCCUGCAGCAGUGCUUGGCUGCCCAUCUCUUGUCUGUUGUAACCAGCGUUUUCUGAGGUUGCUGUAGGCAACACCCUAAAAAUGGAAUGUUGUCAGAAGAGCUCGAAGAGCAUCACAGACAGAGUCUUGGACUAGAGCAGGAACUAGUGAGGAGUGAAGAGUCAGAAUUUUUAAAACCUCAACUUGAAGGAGCUUUUUCACUUUUAGAGGCCACUGCUGACUUCCUUGUGUGCCCUAGCAGCCGUUUCCCAAGGAACCUCUGUACAGACAGUAUCUUUGCUCAGUAUUGCUAGGCUAGGAGUUGUUUCCUGAGUUGCUCUGAAGAACGGAUCUGGAUGCAGGGGGAAAAGCGAUCCCAGAUAUUCCAACCCGGGUGAUGGAAAGCAGACAGCCCUAGUAAUGAGCCUGUGCUUCUCUCCUAUGGAUCUAUGUGCAAUCCUUGUAUUAUUUUUUAAAGCUGUACAUUACAGUGUUCACUUUACACACCAGCCUUUACCUGAUGCUAGAUCUGCAGCCCCUUCCUUUACUUUCCUGGCACAUAAAUGCACAGAUAUCCAUGUGUUCUUUUUAUGGAUUGAUGUUCCAUUUUAAUUGUUAAAACUGUGAGAAAUCCAUUCACUUCAGCCUUGAAACAAAUAGCCACUUUAUACAGCAUAUGCAUUCUUGGACCAGAUGAACAAACUGAACAAACAGUCCUGCAGGCUUAAAGUCAGCUCUGGAUCCACGCCAUGCAUCGAGGGGUUGCCGUGUCUGUGUUCUUCCCUGGCACCUCCCAGAGCUCAGCCUACAUCGGUUGUGCCAUAGCAUAGACUGUCUUUGUGACCUUUCUAAAGAUUUUUGUUGAAACUUCUGAUGAUUAUUCUUUUGUUUGAUUCACCUGUAUCAGUGAAGGAUCAGGCAAGGAUAAGGAUAAUAUAUUUUAAUGUGAUAUGUAUGUUUUUCUUUCUCUUUUUGGUAAAAAGGUGAGGAUGGCGGCAUUGAUGCAGAAAAACAGGACAUUGCAUUAAAAGCCCAAGUGCAAUGUAUGUAGUUGAAGUACUUCCUCUACAUCAGGAAAGAAGUUUUCUACACUACUGCUGAGCAGCUCGUAGAAGAACCUUCACAAAGAAUCUCCUGUUCAGUGCAGCCCUGCUUUAUCUGGACACAGGAGGGCAAUGCUCCCAUAGCUGACAUCACCAAGCAUGGCAAGUCACUCAUGUACUACCUACAGCUAUUAGUGACAGUGUGCUGAGCUGCCAGUGGGGCUUCUCGUUCUCUGUGGUCUGCUUUUGUGUUUGUUCCCUAGUGUGUGUGUGCACCUGACUUCUCAGCUAGCUCAGAUAGGCAUAGGACUAACCUUGGACCACUUGGCAUUGCAGUGGGGGAUGCCUGGAAGCCUCUGGGUGUUCCCACUGUCACCUUGAUGUCAACAAGCACAUGCGGAGUUGGAUUUUGAAUGUUGUACAAGCAUACACAGUAAUGCAGCUGGUCCAACGCCUUUGUAUCUCUAGCUAUCUAAUUUCAGUUUGUAUCUUUUGUGAUGAACCAAUACUAAUUUUAGCUCUGCAAUAUAGUCAAGCAUGGAUAGAUGUUCACUACCAACCUCUUUCUCGUGCAGCACUGGGUAAACUUUAGCAAUUUGUAAUGUUGUGUGGUUUUUUUCUUUAAAAAAGAACGAAUGGUCAAUGUGGUCGAACCUGAUCGGGCCUGAGCUCUUCCCUGAGGAGCCUGAGGCUGACUUUGCAGAUCUGCCCAUAACUGAUGAUUGCAACUGUGUUUGUGGUUCUCCAUCCUGGCACCAGAGCGUGCCACGUAAAUACACAAGAAUGUGUGCAUUAAACUGAUUGUAAACAAAUCCUAAGAAUGCUACAGCAUAAUUGCUAAGCAAAAGGAAAAAAACCCGCUCUGUUUGUAACAGGAUCCUGUGUAUGGCAGGAACAAAACCCCUGGCUGUGCAUGUUAGAACAUACUUGAAUACGUGCACAGAUCUUGAAAUUUUUUUUAGCAAUGUCGCACUUUCAGUUGAGCUCAAGAAGUAGGAAGAGCUGCAAAUCUAAGAUAACAGUAUUGACUGUAAAUAUAUAUUUUUCUAUUAAUAAAAGCUGUCAUUCAGAUAUUUUUAACAUGAACUCUAAAGAUUUUUCCAGUGGAAACUAAUUUCUGGAGAAAUCAAAUGCUUGUUUGAAGAAUCAUGACGAGUGGUUUCUGAUCCUUUUAGAGCCAUUAAAACCCUCUCUAAUAUUACAGAGAGAGCACAGUGAUUGGAUUCACAAUGUUCAGUGCCUUGUCAAAAACCUGAAAUGUAGCUGGUCAGUUGGUGGAAAUCUUACUCUUUUCAUAACAGCCCUAGAAAUAAUACUGCCCAUGUAAAGAUGCAGAAGACUUUACAAAAUUAAAUGCUGUACUUUGUGUGAUGCUGAGUUGAUCUAUUCUGUAAGAUUUGUGUGAAUGGGCUCCUUUAAGUUGCUUACAGUACAGUAGAAAGCUGAGGUAACAAAACUGUGGGCUUUCAAAUUUGGGAUCUGUGCAGGGAGAAUAACAGUGGGUACCAAGUGAGUUGUUCCAGCCUGACCAGGCAUCAGGAGAAGCCUCUUGCUCUGACAAUCUGCUGCAGAACUGCGCCUUGCUCUGGGAGCAGCAAGGAGGUGAAAUGUGCUGCUCCUGCUGCAGUGCUGGAGGUGCUGCACACCACCCUGGGGCUGUGGUGAGAAAUGCAAACCUCUGUUCAAACAGGAGUGCUGAAAGAAUGCUCCUGAGGUGCUGUGGAAAGUGGGUUUUGUUUUGUAUUUCUUAAAUGGGAAUUAUUGCUCAUUAUCUGUCAAACCUCAGAUCUGAUCCAGUCAAAAUGCAUAAGGUGAAUGUAAAGAGACUCUACUCGUAAAAGCUUGCCUACAAAUUUUGAGGAAUGAGGGAAUCCAGGAUUUUCUUCUGGAAUCUCCAAAUUUAGAAGCCUGGUCUCAGUAUUCAGACUGAUGAAACCAGUAACUCCAGCCAGGAUACCACAUUGCUGCCCCACAGAGAAGAGUGCAGGUAGGAUUUACAAAAAUUGUUCCACCUUAAAUCUUUAAUGCUCCACACAUCCCACCCACAAGGUAUGAAUGGAUCAUCUUGACAUGUUACCACAAGAGAAUUCCUACGUGUUAUAGAGAAAAAUAUAUUAUUUAAAUAAAAUAUGUGUGUUAAGGUUCAGCUACUUGCAGAAUUUAUUCAGCAGCUUCACACUGUAGGUCCUUAAUUUUAACAUGUAUUUGCUGCUGAAAUAAAAUGUAUCUGUUUCUGAAUUCUUGUGCUGAGACUCCCAUCUAAAUUAAUUUUUUUUGUUUGUAAUAACAAAUCCAUAUGUAAAUAUAAAUUAAGUGAUCCUGUUUUUAUUUAAAUCAAUUUUAAGUUUUCUGAGGGAUACAAUAGAGUCAGACCUUUUAAUGCACUUUCUUUUCCCCCUUUCUCCAAAUUGACUGUUUCUCAAUACAAACAGUACUCAACUGCAUGACUAGACCAUCAGUUUUACUCUGAUUUUGCAGAGGUGGUGCUGGUUCUGCUAAAACUCCUGUGAGACCUAGGGCACAAGAGAGCUCUUCAGCCAGCACAGAGAUGUGAUUGUGAUUGAGUUAUGCAGUAAGAUAACAUCAAAGAAGUACAGAAUAGAAUAUUAAAUACCUCUGUAAAAAUACACCUGUGGAAAUAUUCUGUAAACAAUCAUGUGGAUUACAAAGAGAAGAAUAUACAAAAAAAUACUUUUCAAAACACUGGGGAGAAAUUUCUUAAGGGCACCCUCAGCUCCAAAAGAAGGAGCAAAUCUCUUUCCCUGCUGUGUUGCAGAGAAUUUCAAAGAAUGUAGACAUUUGUGUGGAUUUCCUUAUUCACCUGGAUGCAGUAUUAGGAGGAUGGUGAUUUUGAGUAGGUGUAGAAUGUAAUUGAAACAAUUUCCUGUAAGUCUCCUUGCAUUGGUGCUCCACUCAGCAUUUACCUGGAAACCACAGAAGGCUUUCAGAUCAAGCAGAGUUGCCAGUGAGAAAUAAAACACUCAACUUACCUGUACAUAAGCAUUUUACCACUCUAACAGAAUUUGAGAAUUUGGUUUGUACUUCAGACUAUAAAGAUUUCUUUUCCAUAAAUUUAAGGGGAAGAUUUCAGGGAUUUAGAAGAGGUUGGAGGUUUUUUUUAUAUGGAAGAAAUAUUUGUUCAUAAAUAUAUAUAUACAUACAUAUAUAUAUAUAUGAGUGCAUGUGGGCAUGUUUUAAUAUAUAUGUAUGUAUAUGAAUUUUGUAUCCCAAAAGUAUUAUUUGCCCCUUUUUGCUUGAAAAGGUAUAUAUAUUAUAUAUUGUAUAUAUAAUAUAUAUUUUAAGAGUGUGUAAAUUUUAAUAUAGUCAUUUCAUAAAUAACACCUCUUCAAAAACGACUCAAAACUUCUGUUUCCUUGACCUUUGGAUUGUUGGUAUUAGAAGGUUUUGCAGUUGAAAUCCUUGGGUUUUUUUCUUUUAAAACUUAAUUAUGCUGAGCAUCUACGAAUAUGUUCUUGUUUUUAAUAAAAGGGGGAAAUUUAUUUUCAAAUUAGGGAUUCCAAAAUCAGUGGACUUUUAUAAAACGGGAUUUCUUUAAAUGCCUUGAAUAAGGGAUUUUUUUUUUUUUUUUUUUAAAUUUCUUUUUUCAGUUCCAUUCUUGUGGGUAAUUUGUAUUUGGAAUUCCUGGUUGCAUUGCUUUAUCUGGUGCUUCAUAUUGAUAUUUACACAUUUUUGUAUAAAUAAGUAUAUAAACUUCAAGCCUUCCUUUGUGAUCAGGGGCAGUUACACUCUGGUUUGCUGUGGUACUUUGCUGUGUACUCUGUGGCAUUCAUGUUACUGUGUAAAUAAACUAGUUUUAUUACACUCAAAA